AUGGAAAAAUCUCAGUAAGAAGACCAACUAUCUGAUCCACCUACUUAUCUUACAGAUAAUUCUUCAGCAAACAAAUCAGCCGGUGGACUUAUUCCAAAUCAAGAUUUAAUCGUUCAGAAGAAAGAAUUGAAGAGGAGCCUUCAUUUGUAGCAAAUUUUCAGUCAGCAAUAAAAGAAGGUCAAACAAGAGUAGCUAAAAUGUAGUCAGUUCUCUAUGCUACUUAAGGCCUCAAACGAUAUCACUAAGAUAUAGAAUAUCUUAUCCUUAAGAACUUUGAUCGCAAAGGUACUAUCAGAAAAUAAUCCACUAGCAUUUGAAGUAGCAAAGAUCCUUGAAUAAAAAAAGCAAGAUUUGCUUGACUUCUCUGAGGGAUUCCUCAAUCAAGUUAAUCAAAUAGAAUAAGAUAUGAAUAUAUUGCGAGAAUAGAUUACUAUCUUAAAGAGAGAAUCAAAGGAAUAGCUCAAAAUUUAAGAGUAAAAUGAGAGAAAAUGGAGUUAAAGUCUCAAAGAAAUUUGGUAUUUUAUUGAAGGCAAAAACAUUCUUUUGGAUGAUAAAGAUUAUUACAUUAGAGGCGAGGACUUAGUAACUGCUUUGAUCUCUGUCAAUAUGUAUGAAUGCCUUAAAGACCAAGCAAAUAUGUAGUUUAUCCAGAAUAUCUUUAUCAAUAAAUCUAGAAAGCAGAUGGAAUAAGCUGAAUAAAUUUCUCAUCCUUCCAAAGCUCCUCUUAGCGUACAAUUUUUGAGAUGCAAAUUAUGCAUACCCUUAAAGUAAGCAGAGGUAGUCACUACUCAGUUUAUUCCUGAUAAGUAACUUAUCAGUCCUGGUAAUAACAUUAAGUAUAUGGUAUUCAAGAUAGGCAGGAAGAGAGCCAGGAACAUCAAAGUUACUAUUAUAGAUUCGGACAAAGAUUUUCAAAAAUAACAGAAUUGCUAAACUUUAUGA